AUGAAGCUAUCCAUUCUCGCAGCCGUGUUGCUCCUUAGUAACAUAAUCCAAAACGUACAAGCCGACACCGACUAUUUCAACAAGCCAGUCGCUGCAUCAUCUUUCUCGCCAUGCCAACAAGUCGACUUUUUGCUUGAUAAGAUUGACAACGACGAGGACCAAAUCAUUCUUGCUCAGCUCUACAAACAUGAGGAUAUCCACAAAGAUGAGCAUGGCCAGGAAGAAGAGAAUGAUGAUGAUGAUGAUGAUGAUAAUAGCGCUGAUGCGGCAUUUGUCAAGACAAUCCGUAUGUGGCGUGGUGAUGAUAUUGGUGAUGAAAACAGUGAUUUCUCAUUUUCCUGGAUUGUGCCUGCUUCCCUUGCCAAUGGCAAAUACCAUGUUCAAAUCGAAACCAAACGUGUCGGCAGUGAUACCAUCGAACAAGGCGAUACCACACGCAGCCGCACAUUUACCAUUCUUCCCAAUCCCGACAAUACCACAAACAAGAAUCGUUGCAUGCGACAAUGA